CCUUCAUUCCAACCCCCGCCAUCCUCGUCAAUGUCGCCCGCCAUCUAUGCCCACCGUCCUCACCUCCACAGCUAGCGCGACCUCCGGGGACCCGUACCUCCUCACCGGCAGCUACUCGUGGCUCGACAGCCGCGUCGCCUCGUACAUCCGCAUCGCAUCCGUGUCCAUUGCUGCGUACGACUACGUGAUAACGUUGCCGGCGGAAUGGCGGUUCUACAAGAGCCAGAGGUCGUGGAGGCUGAGUACGGGCUGCAUACUGUUCAUCCUCAUCCGCUACAUCAGCGUGGCCGUCCUCGCCUUGAACACCGUAGGCUUCUUCGACCGCUUCAGUCCGGAUACAUGCGCGCACUAUUCUGGGUUGGCCCCAUAUUCAAAGACUAUGCUGUCUCAAAUCAUCCUGGGUAUACGUACUAUCAACAUCUCUCGGCGGUCCCCAUACGUGACAUCCAUAGUCGCCGCGCUCUUCGUCUUGGUCACAACGGGUGAAUGGUUCACGGACCUAUUCCAUCGCAACCGACUGCUCCCGCUCACGAAGUCCCCCAGACGUCCAGAACUACUGGAUGAGUGGGGCCGUUGCGUACGACCUGUUGCUUCGUCGUUGGUCGCCUACGGGAUGUUGAAGUCAUUAGCCCCGAAGGUCGCCCAGGGGCUUCGACACAAUUGCACCGUUGGCGAGCACGGAAUGUUCCUAUCCGCGUGGCUCUACUACCUGCUGGCGAUGAUCUACGACGCGGUCGUGCUCUGUAUAUCGUCAUUCUACCUCGUACGGUAUGGGCCUGUGGCUGGAAGGCUGUCAGGUCUCGUCAAGUUGAUGCUGUAUGACGGUCUCGGAUACUUCGUGGUCCUCACAGCCGCGAACAUCCUGAACCUUGUGCUCUACCGCACGAGCGAUAUUCUGACACAGUCGUCAGGCGCCGCCGUGGGUGAAGCCGUGACCUGGAUUAUGAGCCAGAAGCUGCUCAUACACCUCCGGGACGCCGCUGCGGACGCCAACCGGUCCACGCACGUCGUCUCCCUCCCGGUGCGCAGUGGGCGCGCCGUCUCGCGCGUUAUGCGCUCGCACUGCUCCGCCCCUCACUCGUACUCCUUGCCGUUCUCGCCGGGCAGUCGUGGGAGCUCGCACCAGCGGAAGAGCACCGGUGAAGCAUAUGCGGACGGAGACGCGGAUGCGGACGGGGACGUGCUCGCGUGGUCGGGCACGUCGCUGACGGACCUUGUGGGGAACUUGAGCGACAUUGAGCUGGACGUGCAGGUGGAGAUACAGCGCACAGUCAAUGUGGAGGAGAGCUGUCGUGGUGCGGAGGAAUGUGGCUGCGCGGAGCGGGUGCCGUGCGUCGUGUGGGUGGGGAAUGGUGCUCGACCUGAGGGGUUCACCGAGAAGGACUUGGACCAGGAGAAGGCGGGGCCGGGGAGGUAGCAUUCGUGGUUUAGGGCUUCACGUUACGGCGAGUGAUUCAGAGUUGAGCGGUGUACGGGGCCUGAUGCAUAAUGUUCGAACUCAGUCGCUUUAGUGGAUCUAUGUGGUAUUGUUAUUGCUUUGCGCAUGAUCGUGUCCUGCACUUUGCUCUUGCUAUCUUCGCAUGUACAUUCGUCUAUUCCUGCAUCGUCAUUCUAUCAUUUGGGUACUAGUACACGUCGUCGUAAUACACGUCUACUCUCGACGGCCAACUCUGUAUCAGUCGUCGCGCAUCUAGCAGUUCUCCACUUCAAAUGCGUCAAAAAGAACAUCGGCACUGAAUCCCUUCGAACAACCUGGCUAGUCGGUGAACGUUGCCGACAACAUGCAAGGCCUCUGAAGUAGGUG